CUUAAUAAUUUAAAAGGCCAAAAUGGUAAAACUCCUUAAUAAUUUAUUUCUAUUCCACUCCCUCAUAUACAAUGGAAUCAAGCCAGGACUCGAAGUACUCUAGGUUGGCAGCUGGCGCUGCCAAAGUGUUCUUCCCGAUUGGGCUCUAUCAGAAGUAUCAGAGCAAGAAGAACCAGAAGGCGAUUUUUAAGGAAACAGAGGAAUUCGUGCAGCUCAUUAAAGACGGAAACAUCGAAGAAUUCAAGCAGAAAUGCCUCUCAACUCCUGUAGAAGAAGUCAAGAAAUUGAGGAUGUUCCCUGACUAUUCUCUCUUAAUCGCUUGAGCCUGAUUCAAAGGACACGAAGCAGCUAGAUUUUUGAUCGAAGAGCUCCACUUUGAUGUCGAUGAACAAGCCAAGAAUGGAGAAACCGCCCUUAUUAGAGCAGUACAUUUCAAUGAUUACCAAAUGGUAGAAAUUUUAUUACAAUCUGGGGCCAAUGCGGAGCUCAGAACAAAACAAGAGAUAGGAGCUCUCCUCACUGUGGUUUCUAGAGAUAGGCCUGCUUUAGUCGAUCUUUUGCUCAGAUAUGGUACUUGAAUAAACCUCAAAACUGACAACAAGGCUAUUCAAGCAGUUGUUGAUGCUUGCUCUGACAAGGUCAAAAGCGUUAUUAGCUUCCACCAAGCCUGGAGAAGGAAAAAGAAUAUGCUAGUGAUCUUAGAUAACCUGAGUCAGGACAAGCCUAAAGAGAUUCUCAAAAAGAAGAAUGACCCAUUAGGUAUUAUGAAUAAGAAGCCAGACUUACUUAAACUCAUCAUCCGAGAUUAUAUGUAAGAAACAUUUGGUUUUACUUUAUUAAACAUAAGAAUUAAGUU